AUGGCAGGCCCAGCUUCGAGUCCUUCCAUACUGGCUGAACUCCAGAGACAACAGCGCUGCAGCCAGUACUGUGACACGCUGCUCCGGGCUGGGGGUGUGUCUGUCCCGGCCCACAGCUGUGUCUUGUCUGCUCUCUGCCCCCAGCUCUCGUGUGUGCUGUCCUCCACGCCACCUUCUUCGUCUGGGCAGAGCAACCUGGUCGAGUUCCAGGCUUUUGGGGCCUGUGCCCUGCUGAGGCUGGUGGACUUACUGUACUCUGGGGAGAUGGUGGUUGAGGGGGAGUCGGAGAGGGAGGAGGUGAUGGCGGCCGCUGCCAAGCUGGGCAUCAGUGGACUGGUGGAGGUGGGGAGGAGCGAGGCGGAGGAUGGAGCCCGGAGUUGGGAGAGGGACAGGAGAGCGGGACCAAGCUCGACGGAGGGAGAGAGGUGGAAGGAGAGAGUGAGGGAAGUUGGGGUACAGACCGAGCCCCUUGGCAACAGAGACGACCACGUCGCCAGGCGCGACAGUGGAGGGCGUGACGCGCCAGGCGGCGACUUCACCGAGAGACCCGACGGAAGCGCGACGCCAGCUGGGUUUGACGCGGACGCGGGGAUCCAGGCUCGCGGAGCCCUCAUGGAUAUUUCCCAUCAGCCUCUCUGUUUGCAGUCCCCGGGCGGGGAGGGGCCGGUCUGUGUCAGAGCUGCAGAGGAACACCCGCAGAUCUCCACCUUCUACUCCUCCAGCUCCACUCUCAACCCUGACCCCGUGGCGUCCUACGUAGGUGAUGUGACAGCUCCCCAAGAGGCGGAAGCCCCUGCUCCUGCUUCUAUGGGCGCAGUUGACCUCCCCCCUCACAUCCCAUGCAUCCCCCUGUCCCUCCUCUGCCCUCUGGACGGACACCAGGCCCCGGACAUCUCCUCCAUGCUCCCGCCCCGGGGGGAACCCACAGAAGCCACACGGGUCUACGCUGUGGACCUGCUGGAGGGGGAAGGCGAGGAGUUUGAGCAGUUCAGGGGGAACAUCCCUGGGUUCAUCAGUUACUUCCUGAACCCCGCCCACUUCCAAGAUGGGGAGCAGGGGGGCAGGCGGAGGAGGAGGAGGCGUAGGGUGGCAGGGGGGGCCGAGAGGGGUGCGGAGGAGAGGAGAGCCCAGAAGCCCAGAGGCAGACGCAGGGGAGGGGACGUGGCGGGGACGACGGCAGCGAAGAAGGAGCAGGUGGCGGCGGAGGUUCCUCAGGGAAGCUGGCUGCGGAGGUUGGGGGUGGGGGCCUUGCGGAUGGGGCAGGGCGGGGGCAUGGUGGGCAGGAAAGUGUACCUGAAGACCAGGGAUAUGCUGCAGCCCAUCAAGAUCCUCUUGAAAAGGAAAAAGAGGCAAGGGCAGAGUGACCUGUGGGAGGUCUCCAGGACCGGGGUGGAGAAGAGCCAAGCUCCCCACAGGAAGCCGAGGAGGACCAAGGCCCAAAUGAUACAGGACGGCUUUUCCAUAAUAAAGAGGCAGGUUGGCCGCCCACGAGUCAGGCCCCUCCCCUUCCCCCCCCUCCCCAAAUAUCUCUUGGAGGCUCUGACCAAUGAGCCACCCGGCCCCCCUGACUCCACCCCUCCUACUGCAGCCUUCCCUACCCCCGCCCCCGCCCUAGCCCCUACCCCCAAUCCCAUUGCUCCCUCUCCUGUCCCCUACCUGGCUCCGGCCCCAGCCCUGCUCCACACCGCCCCCCUGCCCCCCCUGGUCCCGUCUCCCCAACAAGACUCUGCCGAGCGGUUCGAGUGCCUGCUACAAGACAUCAUGAUGGACCUCGAUUUAAUCCCCAACGUCGCUGUGGCAACGCCAACUAACGACCUUCCCCAAGAAGGCGCCGCCACGGCUCCUGCGCCUGCAUCUCCUCAUCUCCACGGCAACCGGGACCACUCCGCCGAGAGUUUCAACCAACUCUUGACUCUCUCUGCUUUGUCAGCUGGUGACCAUGGCGACGUCAAUGGCGUCGUCCAAACUGCGUUCCCCGUCGCCGAGGCGACAACAUACGGGGUUACCUCCAGGUCCGAGUGUGAGGUUCCGUUUCUGCAGCAGCAGCAGACGGAGGGCGAUCUUAGCGACAUCCUGGAUCACUUCCUGCUCUCAUUUGAGCAGCAGGUUGCUAGCUCGGCAAACAGCGUGCUGAACGGAAACAUCCAGACAGACUGCAGCCACACAGACAGACCCCCAGAACCGUACGCCGCCAUGACGAACGACAGCGGAGCCCAGACCCAGACCAGACCAGCCGAGCACGGAGCACAGACCAGUUCAGUCUUCGAGCUCACGCACGCAGUUGGCUCUCGGCACAGUGCCGGACACACAGCUCACCAACAACACACACACACUCAAUAUGGAGAAGAGCCUGACCCAGUCAGACACUACCCUCUCACACACACCACUCCUAAACCCCCUUCAUCUGCUCCUCUGUCUCAGCCUGCCAAGGCAGUGCCCUCUACUGGUCAACCCUCUCCCAUUCGAAUGGAGGAGAGGCUGGUGGAAGAAGGCAGGAGGAUGACAAGAAGCCAGAUGAGGGAAGGGAUCAGAACCUCGGAGGAGGCCAAGGGAGUGAAGAGGUUCCCUCCAGCACUGGAGCAGACACAGAGACAACAGAGUGAAGAAGAAUCCACCAAAACCCCUCACAGCCAAUCCCAGCCCACCAUACCCCCUCCUAGCCAAUCCCAGCCCACCAAACCUCCCAGCCAAUCCCUGCCCACCAAACCCCCUUCCAGCCAAUCCCAGUCCACCCAACCCCCUUCCAGCCAAUCCCAGCCCACCAAGCCCCAUCCUAGCCAAUCCCAGCCCUCCAAACCUCCUCUCAGCCAAUCCCAGUCCACCAAACCCCCUUCCAGCCAAUCCCAGCCCACCAAACCCCAUCCAGACCAAACACAGUCCAUCAAGUUCAUCACAAACAGCCAACCAAUUGUCCGAAUCAAACCUUUGCCUCCCAGAGACCAACUCAAGUCCAUCUGCAGUAGGAAGCAAGACAGAGACAAAACCAGGGACCUGGUCAGUAAAAUAAAACAAUUACAGAGCAUGUGUCCCAGAGGGCAGAAGCUGGACCGCUACGCCACUGUGUCUUUGGUCAAGCUGGAGGUCACCCAGCUGCUGGCGGGCACAUCAGGGAAACGCCCACACCCUGCCGAUCAACCAAUCAGGAUGCCUGAGAAGGUCAGCGUUCAGACGGUCCAACCAAUCAGGGCGAUUGAGGAUUUGAAGGUGGGCGGUGGCAAAAAGCGAAGGCGGUUCCUCAGGAGGUGGGUAGACAGGCGCCCCUCUGCUCCAUCUCCUGGUACCGCAGAGAACAGAGGAGAGUACAGUGGAGAGAACAGAAGGAGGAAAGGAGAAGUGAAGAGGUUGAGCCUGGAGUCAGAGACGGACGAGCCGAAGAGAAGGAAAGAGGAGGAAAGAGAGGAGGAUGAGGGGGCAGAGAGAGAGACGGCGUGUCCAGAUCAUCCAGAGCCAGUCAAAUCAAACCCUGUCUCCCAAAGGCGUCUGUCCAGCCCAAAACUACAACUCCCAGCCCAGAGGCAUCGAUCUCCCGCCCAAAACAGAGACGAGUCUGGGAAGAAAGGGCCUGUCCCAGUAGAGUUGGACGAGGAAGCAGACGGGAUCCAUGUGACCGCAGCCACCAGGUUUGACAAGGUCAGAGAGGUCCUGUGUUCACAGAGUAGAGGGGCAGACACAGAGAGGAUGUGUGGAGGGCCAGAAGGAGGAGAAGACGAAGAGGGAGAAGAAACUAACUGGGCUGUGUUUAGACAUCAAGAGACCCCAAGCAGUGAGGAGGACAUUGACGUGGUAGAGCUGGACUCUGCUGGCAGUGUGGACGUUGUUGCCAAGGGUGAUGGAGAGAAGGUGGAAGGGGGCGGAGAGAACGUGGAAGGGGGCGGAGGAAGAGGCCAACAGAGUAGUCUUGGCGGGGAAUGGAAUCCGGGCCUGCUGCAUUGUGGGAUAGAGAAACCUCCCGUCUCCCUUUCCGCGCGAGAGCAUAGCAAGAGAUCAACAGGAAGCGGGGAGGAGGAAGAGGAAGUGGAUGUUUUAGGAGACUACAGUUCGGUCCCUUUGGUCGCACUUCCUGGAAUUUGGGGGGAGGGGCUUUGCUGUGAGGAUGAAGAGGAUGUCGAAGAGGAGAUUGAUGUCACAAGAUGAUAGUCUGACCACGGUUACACCAUUAGCCCACUGUCUUGUGUGCUAUGAGGUGGUCUCCCUGUUUGCUGACUUUACAGCCCACCCGCACACACAAACAUCAACAAAAAUGUCUAAGAAACUGGAGAUAAACAUGUGUUCCCAGUCGAAACAAUGAGGAUUGUAUUACAAACUAGGCAAAGUUAGAGAUUUAAGUAGUCGUUUUUUCCAAUGUACAGUUUUGAGAUAUUGUUUAACCUAAUUCUACCUCGUAUAGUCAAUGUCACUUAUUCUCAGUUAUUCAGUAUGUGUGCGUCUUUUGUUCAACAUGUUGUGUUCAGUUGGUUGUCCUGUUGAUUUCAUUUAAUACCACAGCACUCUGUUUCUGUUUUGGCUGACAAGUGUUUCAGAAAGCGACACAAGUUCAGGAGUGUUUCAGUUCCCUAGACAAAUCACGAAAGAUACUUGGAAGAACUCGCAAAAGAAUUGAGGAAUGUUGAAUUGUUAUCAUUGCAUCAUUUUGCAUCAAAUACAUUUUCCUCCAAUUUCAUUGAUUCAUUUAUCAUUUGCU